GCGUGCGCCGCGGCGCGCCAGCCGAUCGUCGUCGUCCUCGUCGUCGUCGUGUCGCCGCGCCGCUCUCGCCCGGCUGGAGGAGAGCGGCUCGCCGUGGUGGUCGCUGCUGUCGUGUCCCGACCGCGCGCUAUAUUUGGCCGAUAACGUGCCGCGCGCGCUCCAACAUAUUGCGCGUCCUGCCGUGCGAGAAUCCUCGCUUGGCGCACCGCGAGCCUCGCCGAGCGGGCCCCGUGGUGGCACGCAGUCCGCAGCUCCGUCGCCGAGAACCGUCGCGGGUGUUUCAGCGUGUGCGCGAGCCAACGUCGUCACGUCGGCCGUGAGCGCCGAUCCGUGCGUCGUCCUCGCGACCGAACGCCGUCGACGUUGCGUCUGUCGGGAUCGCGCCUGCCUGUUCUCACCAAGUGCCGCGUAACCUGAUCAAAUAUCACACGCGCGCGCGCGGGCCCGACGACGACGACCCCGCCGGUCGCCUUAUCAUCAAACGUUAUUGUCAUUGUCAUUGUGGUGUUUCGCGAGAGUCAGCCGACGUUGCACCUGAGGCACCGCAAGUGUAACGUCGCUGCUGGUGCCGAUACAUCGUAUCGUGUAUCGUGAUCAGACAGGGUGUCGUGUCCCAGUCGUCGUUGUUCCACGAGUUGGGCAUUCUGUAGGAUGACUGGUGUUUAUUCAGCGAGCAGACUGUGAAAUAGUUGCGAUAUCCUGUACAUUUAUUCGACACAAUUGAGUUCACGACAUUACAACGACCACCUGGAUACGUGUACAUGAAUGGGGACAUUGGUAAGCUCCCACCAGGGGCGGUCUACCCAGCCACCCCUGAGCCUCUGGGUCCGGUUGCAGGCGCGAUCGGCGGUGGAGUGUCUAGUUUAGAGUACGGAGUCAUGAACGGUGCGCCCAGCGGAAGUGAGUUGAUUCUCGAUGCAGGUGUUGGCAGCCUGGAGGCAACGUCGCAACACGCCAUAAGCAUUGGCGGUGCUGUCGGAUACGGUCCAGUGGAUGUUGCUGCUCUGGGUGAUGCGUCCGCUUCAGCCGCAUCAAUGGCCGAUUUAUCUGUCCCUGGCAUACCCCUGGAACAACUCAAACAGAUGCUCUCUUCGCAACUCGAGUAUUAUUUCUCCAGGGAGAACUUAGCCAACGAUACAUAUUUGUUGUCACAAAUGGAUAACGAUCAAUAUGUGCCGAUAUGGACAGUAGCGAAUUUUAACCAAGUAAAGAAGUUGACGAAAGAUAUUAAGCUUAUAACCGAAGUGCUGAGGGAGUCUCCUAAUGUGCAAGUGGACGAGGAGGGACAGAAAGUAAGGCCCAAUCACAAACGAUGUAUUGUGAUACUUCGCGAGAUUCCGGAUAACACUCCUCUGGAAGAUGUGAAGAAUUUAUUUUCGGGGGAGGGGUGUCCAAGGUUUAUUUCGUGUGAGUUUGCUCACAAUAGUUCGUGGUACGUGACGUUUGAAUCCGACGAGGAUGCUCAAAAGGCCUACCGAUUUUUACGCGAAGAGGUUCGAGAAUUUCAGGGAAAGCCGAUAAUGGCAAGAAUCAAAGCUAAGCCAAUGAAUAGGCUACCGAUACCAGCAGUGGCUGGUGUAGGUGGUAUAAAAAAUGGCUACAGAACUCCACCUCCUCCUCCCGUCUACGAUCCGAGCAGUUACUCGACUGGACAGCAACGUUUCCUUUAUACCAAUGGCACGGCCAUGCCGCAAAAUAUGCAGGCGUACGCGAACCAAGUCCACGUUUACCAUCAACCUUUCUAUCACGCUAGUAUGAUGCCUUGGGGACCAACCAGUCCCGCAUACUUCGAUAUGUCCGGUGUUUUUAUGAAUGGAAUUACACCACACAACACUUUCAAACCUCACAACACAAGAUAUAAUCCACGACAUAGAAACAAACAGAGAAAUGGUUCCGACCGAGGCUGCUUAAUAGACCCUGCCAAUCUCAACAACAACAACAACCAUCACCACCAUCACCACCAUCAUCACCACCACCACCAUCAACAACAGACGUCCAUGCCGCCAAUGAACACCCGCAGUUCUCAUCCACCUCUGACCGGUAAUAGCGGCGGUGGCAGCGGUAUGCCCCUGAGCUCCUCCACGUCUACCUACGCUCCGAGCCUGCCGCCCUCAAAGCCGCUAUCUUCUGUUCCCUCCUCUUCGACCUCUUCCUAUCAGCCUGGCAUAAAGUUCCACUCCUCAUCUGUCUCAAGCGUGGAGCACGCGAAGGGACCUUCCUCCUCCUCCUCGUCCUCUUUGUCCUCCGCGCAGGACCAGGACACAAUUGCAGAGCCGUCGAUACCAUCGAUGCCGUCGUUUCCUCGCCAUCGUAUCCACCGCAGGACCAAAGAUCAGGAUGCGAAGGUAACCGCUGGGAACAAUUCGCUGCCGGCGAUCAAGGAAUCACUGCCGAUGGGCAGCGGCGGCGGCAGCAGCAGUGGCAGCAACAGCGGCAGCGGUAGUGGCGGUUGUGGUGGUGGUGGCGGUAGCCGUAGCAGCGGAGUCCAGUUCGAUUUGGAGGCAGCUGCAUUUCCACCCCUACCUGGCCUCGACGCCGACCUCGGCAAGGCGUCACUUGACGUCGGCAGUGCCGGCGGCAUUGAAUCGUCGCAGAAUCGAUUGUCCGACGUUGUUAAGGGUACGGCCAAGCUCAAAGCCGCUGUCAAAGAUAAGGAUAGCAACCAACAACAACAGCAGCAGCAGCAGCAACAACCGCCGUCUGCGCCAGCGGCGAACGCUGUCAGCAGGUCUGCUAGUCCUGGAGCUGUUAUGGGUGCCGUCGAGGCGCAAGGAAACGCUCUGGGCAAUUCUACAGCUCCUGCGAGCGCGCUUGUCCUUAACCCUGCGCCGGCCAACAAUGAGAAUACGGCUGACGUCGCGCUCAGCACCGUCACGCUCACUCCCCCGUCAUCUCCUGAUAAAUCGAUAAAGACUGACGACUCGAACAUGGUGAACGGUGUGGACGACGCUGUAGAUGCGAACGCGCACAUGCCGGCAGUGGUGACGUCGACGAUGGCAACGACAACGGCGGCUACGACGACGGCAGCAGCGGUGGCGGCAGCGGCAGCAGCAGCAGCAGCAGCAGCAGCGGCGGCGGCGGCGGCGGCAGUGGCCGUGACAGACGAAGCCGAGCCGGUGACCAGGUGCGAUUGUAACAACGUCGUCGUCGUCGUUCCUUCUCCUACUGCCUCACUCAACUCCCAAUCGCAAACUGGAGUGGCCUCUACCUUCCCUAUAGAUCUUACAAGGCCGAGUUAUGCCCAAGUAGCGCAACAUUGCCGCGAGCUACCUUGUACAAAACACAAAACGGACGAGAGGGACAGAAACGUUUAAAAGCGACAUGUGACGACGGAAGACGCGCGGCGGAUUCGGCUUUAGAUAUCGCGAAGCAAGACGCCUCUGCGGACGUUACCACGCGACGACAGGGUAACAACGAUAUUCAGCCGUUGUGCUACUACGUCAUCGUCAUCUCCUCGAGGUCGGAUCACGGAUGAUAUCGAAGCCCGGAGCUCGCCGCUGCUUACACUACCAUCCUCUUCAUCUUCACCCCGGCACUCCUCUCGGAAAAGCCGUCACGCGCUGUGGGCGCGGAAAAAGAACUUUUUACAUUGUACAGUGACGUCUCGCCUACGAUCAACGAUCGAUCGAUCGACGGAUCGAUUAAGAGAGAGAGAGAAAGAGGAGAGAAUGUUUGCAUGUGCGUAUGUGUGUGCGUAUGUGUGUGCGCGCGCGCGGUGUGUGCACGAGAGUGCGUACGACGUGCGUAUGGACGCACGUGCGCUCCAUUUGUGUGCGUGCUCGCGUGUGUGAACGUGUGAGACUCGCCGCGUGCGCUAUAGCGACGCAUUCGCUGGCGCCGUUAAUUAAUACAGGGUGAUCGGAGAGUCCCGUGGAGCGAGACGCGUUCGCCGCGGCAGACGCACGAUCGAUAUAUUGUCGAUGUCGGUCGACACGAGCUGUCCCGACGUUUUACGUUUGCAAUUCGUCGAUCGUAGUUUAUAUGAUUCAAGGACACGAGAAUUUUUAUAAGGGCUUGAGAAACUCCAAGGAUAUCGAAGCAUUCGCGGUCUGGAAUCACAUCGCGCGGGAAGUGAUAGAAUAAAGCAUCGACAUCUUCAAUUCAGUUCCAUUUGAAGCAGAAGAUGUAUGUGAAAUUGAGUAAUUCGGGGAUUCGCGAACUCUCUCGAGUGGAUACUCGAGUAGACCCGUCGUUGAGAAUUGACGAGGCUUUGCGAGACGCGAGGAUAAGUAACAAUUUAUCGAUUUAAAAGCCCUACGAGCUUCGAUAUGAAUACGCAGCUUCGAGUAUCUAAUAAGCCAAGCUUUAGUUUUAAGAUGUCGUCGGUAAUUGGUAAGUUAGGGAUACUGAGCUAAUAACGAGUAUGUAUAGAUCUAAGGAUCUAUGAAUCCAAAAGUUCAAAUACGCGAUAUAUUGUACAUGACUAUAUAUAUAUAAAUACAUAUAUAUAUAUAUAUAUAUAUAUGUGUGUAUAUAUAUAUAUGUAUAUAUAUAUAUAUAUACACGAGAUACAUAAUCGCUCGGAAUUAAGUAAUUCUACAUUGAUCGCUGUGGAUCGUAUAAAGCUGACGUUUAACAUUAAUCGAUAUCGAUAUAGGAAGGGAGAGAGAGAGAAAGAAAGAAAGAGAAAAAGAGAGUCGAAUAUACACGCGGACGGGAGAUAUAUUUGCUAUGUGUGAAACUGGUGCCGCAUCCUACCGAAUGCGAGCUUUCUCUCGACGAUGCACGGAGCCGGUUGCGUGGCUUCCCGAUCACCCGGUACACAUCGCGCAAAGGGGAGAAAAUAUUGUUAUAUAAUAUCGCUUUUGGUUCUGUGAUUUUGGAGGUACAUAUUUGUUAGCCUGUAAAAACGUUAAAGAGAUAAGAUAAUUAAUCUUUUAAAAGGAAGAAGACCUUUUCCUCCGCCCCUCCUUCACGCACAGGACCGCAAUGUAACCGGGAAAGAAAAACAUGUCUAUAUGUAUACAUAUACUUGUGCCAAAAACAAAAAAAAAGGAGAGAAAGAACACAUCUCUUGACGAAAUCUCCCGAGAUAAUGCAACGAAGCAGACUUGGCACCGAAUCGAGACUCUCGCCAUGUGGAAAGCGGUGGAAUGUCCCUCCCUCUCUCCGUAAAAUUUCCCCCCUUUCACACGCCCGCUACCCUCCGACCCCUUAGAGAAAGUUCAGGAUAAUCGGAGGACGAAGAGAUCGUAUCUCGGAAACGGUGGUUAGCGAUAACGUAUGAUGAUAAUGAUGGUGAUGGUGAUGAUAAUGAUGAUGAUGAUAAUGAUGAUGAGUAAGAGGAGAAUGAUGAUAACGAUGAUGAUGAUAAUGAUGAUGACAACGACGACGACGACGAUGAGAAAGAAGUGAGGGAGGAGGACGGUAGGGAAAGACGCAAAUUCGGAUUUGCGAGUGAGUACACAUACGUAGGAUUUGAGCGUUGUCGCGGAGGAAAACGACGGCGGCGGCGAAACCGAAACGAAGGCGACGAGGUCGAGGAGUAAUCAUGCGAGAAUUUGCGAAUGUCGGAUUGAGAGAAUCCCAUUGUUUUUCUUUUUAUUUUUUCAAAGAGAACCAUCUGGUAACUGUAGGAAACCAGUAGUUUUAGUUUUAUCCAUCGCGAAUUAUUUUUUAUUUCUUAUGUAAUCUCUCUCUUUCUCUCUCUCUCCCCCUCUCUCCCCUAGAGAGAAGAGUUACCGGAGGUCUCUUAGACGCGUUUACGUUAUACAUUGUAUAUCAAUUUUCACAAAAAGAAGAUGAGUACAUUUACGUUGCAACGUCUCAGCAAUUUGUAUUUUUCGCGUAGGCGCUUGUGCCAUUUAUUACGAUCACUCCUCGACUCAUCGAGUCCACGUCGGAUCCAACGGUUCGCUAAUUUAAGACGAACUUGUUGACUCGAUUGUCGAACGCCAGGACUCACGGGACCCGCUCCCGCGAGUCAUCACGCUUCGUACUCUCUCGUCGCGGUUUCCGCCUUCGUGAUCCUUCGCGGUUCGAGCGAUCUAAAAGACCCAAAGCUUUCGAGCUUUCCUUAGACUAAUCUUCAGUUUGUCCGACGGGGAGUCUCUGGAGCACCGAGGGCGAUGAGAUCACCUCGGCGCUGCAGAGGUUCCCCCUGCGAUAGCCAAUUCUAUGUAUGAGGACUUGUGCCGUGCGACAAAUGAAAUAUUAGCCCGAGACAAGUCUCUUAGCAUUUGUGCGUAGUUUCCAGAGAUAAUUCCAUUCCCUCCGUCUCUUCGAUCCUUUCGCGCGAUUCCACCUCUUCAUUAUCCUGAAAAGAAAAAAAAAGGAAAGAAAUUGCGACGAUCGUGCUGAGGAUGAUCCUCCCCGACUCGAUCAUUGCGAUUUUCGUUCACCGAUUCUCCGCCUAUCCCGGGACAAAUCGGGAUUCUCCGAGAGGCGGUUUCAGUUUCUCGUUUGUCGACAUACCUCGGACAACUCCCUUGUCCUGGGGGAGAGCAUUUUUUUUUAUAAUUUUAUCGUUCCCUUGCUCUCUCCGAUCCUUCACACCGCGAUUCCGUGCUCUUCCGUCUCGUUCGCUGCGAUUACGCGCCGCGAAACAACACAACACACCGAAACACAUUUCCGUCACGGUUAUCGUGGACGAUCGGCCAACGAAGCGUCGUCCAACUUCGAUCCACUUCCGGUUCCUCCUCGCGAAACUCGUCGACGCGUCGUCCCACCCUCUGUUCUAAGCGAAACCGCCCAUACUUCGAUCUUUCGCCGCGCGAAUCGGAUCUUACUUUCUUACUUAUCGAUCCUCUCCAACUAAUGAAGCGUGUUUAAGAACCCUAGAAUUACAUUUUAAUUCGGCAAGGAAGACGUAUGAGAGGAAACGUAUGUACGGGUGAUUCAAAAGAAAAAGAAAGAAAAAAAAAAGUAUACCAACCAAUUUGGGUCGGAGCUAGUGCUGCGAGAAUCGGGACGAUUAAUUGAGCACGCAUUUAAGUGCCUCGAGUGUGUUGUAUAUUAUGAUUACCGAUUUAUCAAUAUUAAUAUUAUUAAUAACUAUUAAUUGCUCUAUUAUAUGAUUAUCGUCAUUAUUUUAUUAUUAUUAUAAGCAGAGAUGCUUGGCUUUAGGUGUUAAUAACGACGCGAAUAUAUGUACCUACACACACAUACACAUACAUAUAUACAUACACAGAUACAUAUAGCGAAAAAAGAAAGACGAAAAAAAAACGAAGGUGCGUGUGUGUGGGUGUGUGUAUGUGCGCGUUGUGUGUGUGUGUGUGCGUGUGUAUCUGAGCGCAUAUAUAUUUGUUAAUGAUUAUACGUGUGCGCGCGCGAGCUCGAGAGAAAGAGAGAGAGAGAGAGAGAAAGAGAGAAAAUUGAUAAAAUAUAAUGCAAAAAGGGGAAAGAAACAAAAGAAAGACGAAAACGACCUCCUGUAAACAGGGUGCAACAGGAUAAUGUUGUGUCAACGUGUAUACUACUAUACUUUGAACUUAUUGAUGCUGCCUUUUCAUUAGUCUAUUGUACACACACAUACACGCAUACAUAUACACGUACACACAACAGACAAAACAGGGCGUUUCAAAAUAGGAUUGUCAGUUGUUUUUGUUAAUAUUGAGUUGAAUAAAUCAAAUAAACGAUAUAUCGGAUA